AUGUCUCAAUCCCCGAAGACUGUAAGAAUAGAGAAGGAUGCAGGGGUGGCCCAGAAUUUAAUCAAUAAGCAUCGCAAAGAAGGCUACAUUUUUGCCCUGUUCCGUAAAAACGCAUCCAUAGCAUACCUAACUUUGGAUGUCUUGGAAAUGCAGUGUCCGGUAAUAUCCAGAAAACAUUGGUCAUCCUGUGAACACAGACCAUUCUUAAGUGGCCGAUCCAGUGCGGACUUUGUCCAUCAUGUUCCAAUUGUGAGUGAACACGAUGUCCUCCAAGCUCCUGAUGCUAACUUUCUUGACCAUCCUUUGCCUGACCAAGGAAGACAUGGAUCGAAGUCAUGCCCAGGCAAGCCCAAGUUCUCUCCCCUCCUCAUCCUGAUUGUUAGUGUUUCUCAGUGUGGUCCUCGAUCUGAUUUGGUCUAUGUGUCUCCUCCAGCUCUUUCCAUCCUCUGUGUCUACCCUGUAUGA